AUGCACAGCAGCAUGCCAUUCACCAGCAAGCUUGGUGCAGCAGCUGCCGCUGCUGCUGCAGUCGCUACAGAGUCAUUAUCAGGAUCUCUAUGCGUUGCUGACGCUGCUUCUGCCCCACAAGUGGAUGCCGAUGAAGCCCCCGGAGUUGCUCUUGAUGCUGCAGCAGCAGCUGCAGCAGGAAGCUCAAGCAGCAAUCAAUCGCCAGGAGCAGUCUGUCGCCUCGCGCACCAGCAGCAGCUGCAGCAGGAAGCUCAAGCAGCAAUCAAUCGCCAGGAGCAGUCUGUCGCCUCGCGCACAUCUUGGGCCACGGCGGUGUAUGGGGUGGUUAGAGGUGCUGCUAGACAGCAUCAGCUGCUGCUGCUACAGCAGCAGCAGCAGCAGCAGCAGCAACAACAACAACAGCAGCAAAAGCAGCAGCAGCAAGAGGAGGCUAUGCUGCACCGCAGCGAUGAACUCGUGCUGCCUCUCUUCCGCGUUGCUUCUGAAGACUCGAUCUUUAGCAAGGCAGGUGGUGGUGGUGCUGCUAGUAGUGCUGCUGCUGCUGCUAAUGCUGCAGCAGCAGUAGGGAUGCCCCCUCGCCUUUCUGCUCGGCCUGCGUUGCGUGGUCCUGCUUCUGGUGUUUCUGCUGCUGCGGUGGCGCCGCCGUUGCCCCCGUCGAGAGCAGCAGCAGCAGCAGCAGAAGCCAGAGCAGCAACAGCAGCAGCAGCAGAAAGCAGAGCAGCAACUGCAGCGGCACCGGCAGUCGAUCAGCCGAAGCCCCAUCAAACAACAGCUGCUGCAGUCCAGCGCUCAUACCCCUCUGCAGCAACAACACCAGCACCAGCAGCAGAAGCAGCUGCUGCUGCAGUCGAUGCAACAGACAGAAACAAACUCGCUGCUUCUUCUUCUGCUAAGCAUCCCACGCACACUUCUUCUGAAGAAUUGCCUAUCAGAGGAACUUCUGCAGCGGGCGAUGCUGCUGAUGCACCUGCUGCUGCAGCUCCUGCUCAUGGUGCUGCAGCUGCUGCUGCUCCUCAUAGACCAGGAACGGACACGCCUGCAGAAGCAACAGCAGCAGCAGCACGACCGAUACCAACAGCUGCAGCAAAAUCCCCAGCAGCAGCUGCAGCAACGGCUGCAGCAGCACCAGCAGCAGCACAUAAAUCCACUGCCUCCCCACCAGCAGACACCCGAGCAGCGAAGUUGGGGGGGGUAUCGCAGCGGCAGGCUGCUGGAGGGCCAGCAGCAGCAACUGCAGGUGCAGCAGCAGUAGCAGCAAGGCCGGGUCAGCAGCAGCAACAACAGGAAGAACAACCGAUGAAACAACAGCCGCAGUUGCAGCAACUUCAACAGAGUUCCGCACAGCUGCCCCAGCAACAACAGCAGCAGCAGGAUCGCUGCCAAGGCCAGCAGCAACAGCAGCAGCAGCCUGCUCUUCCUGCGUUAUUUACGCGUCGCCCGUCGGGGUCUUCUCCUCUAAGAAUAUCAUGGGCAGAUCCAACCAGAGCUCAGGGAGCAGAUGCAAGGCAGCAACAGCAGCUUCAGGAGCAGCAGCAACAGCAGCAGCAGCACGAGCAGCAGGAACCUAACUCCCAACAACCGCAACAGCAGCAACAACAAAGGCAGCAGCAACAACAACAGGAGCAGGAACAACGAUUGCAGCAGCAAGAUCAGAAGGGGCUGCUCUCCUUCAGGGACAGCAUCGGUAGCAGGAGCACAGGCGGCAACGACAGCAUCGGCAGCACACCCUGCGUCCGCCUCAGCAGUAGCAGCAGCAGCAGGAGCAAUAGCAUCGACAACAAUGACAACAACAGCAUAAACAGCAACAGCACCAGUGGCAACAGCAGCAACAACAGCAGCAGCAGCAGCAGCAAUAGCAGAAGCAGCAGCAACAGCAUCAGCAUCAGCAGCAGCACGAAGAUGCCGCUACAUAUGCCUGAGACGUCUCCGCUGCCUUCUCAGCUUUCUUUAGGUUUGGAGCCGCGGGGCCUUCAGGUGUCUCGACGGAAGGUGUCUCGACGGAAGGUCUUGAGCCUCAACCACCGCCUACCCACAAAGCAGCAGCAGCAGCUGCAGCAGCGCACAGGAUGCGGCGCAUGCGCAGGCUGUACUAGCAGUAGCAGCAGCUGCAGCAGCAACAGCAGCAGCAGCAGCAGCAGCAUUGAUGAUAUAUCUGAGUUCCUCUCCAAACUGAAGGAGUUUCUGCCCAUCGACUUUUUGUUGCUGCCGCUGGCUGACCCCAAGGGAAGCGUGCUGCAGUGUUUAUCUGCUGCUGCAUCUGCUUCUACUGCUGCUGCUGAUGCUCCGGCGGCAUCAACAGCUGCACCAGAAGUGGUAGGAAAGCACGCAGCAGCAGCAGCAGCAGCAACAGCAACUGCAGCAGCAGCAGAGUCAGCAGCUGCUGCAGCAGCAGGACUAGAUAUGAGCUCAGAUCCGUGGCUGUGGGGAGGCAGCUGCUGCUUCUCCUCCUUCAUGCCGCUCGGGCAGAGCGAUUUGCACCUCCGCUGUGAUGACUGGAACAGGUCCGUACUGGGGUGUACAUCCACCUGGAUACACCCAGACUGCAGCAGCAGCCGCAGCAGCAGCAGCAGCACUUGGGACACGGCAGAGCGAUAUGAGAACAGCUGCUUACCGGAGAGGCUGCAGCGAAUUUAUAGCUUCCUUAAGAGGCGCCAGCUGCUGCAGAAGCAGCAGCAGCUGCAGCAGCAACUGCAACAGCAGCAGCAGGAAACCCAGCCGAAUACCAACGCAACAACGCAGCAACAGUCGCUGCAGCAGCUGCUGCAACAACUGCAGCAGCAGCUGCAGCAGCAACCAGUCCUCCCCCUAGCGACAGCCCGUGAGCGUGUGAAGCGGCUCUGUCGGGACAGCACCGCAGCAGCAGAGCGUUUGCUGCGGCGGCAGCAGCAGCAAGAGCAGCAGCAGCAGGAUGAGAAGGACGAGGAGGAGGAGUUGCUCCAGCUGGCAGCAGCAGCAGCAGCUUCUCCUUUCCUUAGCAGCAGCUUUCAUCAGCGCCACCUCAACGCUGAGAUUUCCUUUGCUGCUCACUUGAAUCUACAGGCAUACAGCAAACAGACAGGAGCAGCAGCGGCAGCAGCAGCAGCAAGGAGAGAUGCUCUUGCCCUCGGUGCGAAGACACCGGAGGCAGCAGUUGCUGCUGCAGUGCUGCUGGAGCUGCAACAGCACGAGGUGCUGCACGGGGCUCCUGACAGCAGCGAGAAGCAGCAGCAGGCUACGGAAUACGGUGAUGAUGAGCAGCAGCAGCAGCAGCAACCACAGGAGGAGCUGGAUCCAUGGAAGCAAUGGUGUUUUAUUCAGCAAGUAGUUGGGGUGUCUGCACACCUUGGCGUGGCGCUGCAGCUAACAGAAGACCUCCCAUCAGAGUGGGUGCUGCAGCGGUGGCUAGCGGAGCCGCUGCGGUGUAUACUCAUCCCGACGAGCAUCUUCCUCCAGCUGCAACAGCAGCAGCAGCAGCAGCAGCAGCGGGUGACAUUGCUGAGGCAGCAUCUCCUCUUUUUGCUGCGCUGCGCAGAACUCCGCACGCGGCUGGUCAUCGUCGACGACAGAGAGGAAGACACAGAUACAACAGCAGCAGCAGUGCAGCAGCAACAGCAGAAGGUGCAGCAGUAG